GUCCGCCUUUGUAUCAACCUUCUAUUUGCAACCAAAUAUCCUUUCCAAAUCAUAUAAGUAGUAUUCUAUCCUCGCAACAUUUUAUUGCCAAUACUCCUUGUACCCAAAAAAAAAAAAAAAAAGAAGCAAUGGCUGAAUUGUUUGUUCCAAAGAUAAUAGAUGUAUUGGGUGAUGUGGCCGUGAAGCAGUUUGGGGAGAAGGUCAACCUGGUGAUGGGGGUUGAAGAGGAGGUGUCAAAUAUCUCCUCUAAGUUGACAACCAUUGAAAAAGUGCUGCAUGAUGCAGAGAGACGAAGGCUGAAGGACAGAAGCGUUGGAAUUUGGCUAGAAAAGCUUGAGGACACAACAUAUGAGAUGGAUGAUGUGCUGGACGAAUGGAACUUCAAGAUUCACAGAGCAAAGAAUGAGCGAACUAAUCAGAAUGCCAGAAUGCAGCCUACACUGCGGAACAAGGUUCGUUCCUUUAUCCCAUCCCUUUGUUCUUGUCUCAAACAAGUUCCUGUGCGUAGUGGUAUAGCUCAGAAAAUAAAGAAAAUAAAUGAACGGCUAGAAUUAACUUUGAAAGAGGCAGAUCAAUUCAAGUUUAUUACAAGUGGGGGUAUUCCUAAUUCUCAUGAUUUUCAACGAAUUAUGACUACCUCAAUCAUAGACGAAUCAGAGGUUUAUGGUCGAGAAUCUGAUAAGGAAGCCUUACUUAACCAAGUAUUAUCUGAGAGUAGUAGUCAAGGAAGAUAUGAGGUUCAAGUUAUCUCUGUAGUAGGGGCUGGGGGUAGCGGAAAGACCACACUUGCUCAGCUGCUCUUCAAUGAUGAUAGAGUGAAGAACCAUUUUGAACUUAAAAAAUGGGUUUGCGUAUCAGAUCCUUUCGAUGAGAAAAGGAUCGCCAGAGCAAUCCUUGAGAGUCCAGGAAAGAGUUCUGAUUUGUCAGAGUUGGACCCACUGCUCCAACUGUUGAAAGAAACUUUUUCCGGUAAGAGAUUCCUGCUUGUCCUAGAUGAUGUCUGGACAGAGGACGACUCAAAGUGGAAGCCUUUCCAACACGCUCUCAAGGACGGGGCUCCUAGAAGUGUAAUUUUGGUGACAACAAGGAGUCAUAGAGUGGCCACAGUGGUGGGAUCGACUGAUACUCACGGCCUAGGCAUGAUCUCUCACUCUGAUUGUUGGCUAAUAAUGCAAAGGAUAGCAUUUGCUAAACAAUCAGGGACUUGUGCAAGAAGGUGGAAAGAAUUGGGCAGAAAAUUGCAGAAAAGUGCAAGGGUUGCCACUUGCUGCAAAGACUAUGGGAAGCUUGUUACGGUUCAAAGAUACUGAACAACAGUGGCAGAAUGUUUUGGAUAGUGAGAUAUGGCAAUUGGAGGAAGCAGCUGUGGACCUUUUCCCUCAUUUGUAUUUAAGCUAACGAGUUGUCCCCGGAGCUGAAACGUUGCUUCUCAUAUUGUGCUGUCUUUCCCAAAGAUCAUGAGAUAGAUGUAGAAGAAGAGCUUAUUAGGCUGUGGAUAGCGCAAGGUUAUGUUCGCCCAAAUCGAAGAGGGGAGCACUUGGAGCUGGUGGGCCUUGAAUACUUCAACAAUUUGGCAAUGCGUUCCUUUUUUCAAGAAAUACAAAAUGUUGAAGAUUACGAUGGGUUUCAUGAAUAUCUGAAGUGCAAGAUGCAUGACAUAGUGCAUGAUUUUGCACAAUUUCUCACAAAAAAUGAAUGUCGUGCACUUGGUGGAGUUGGAAGGAAUUCAUCGAGUGAAAGAGCCCGUCAUCUAACAAUUUUGAAAGGCACUGAGGAGGAGAUGUUUAGCUCUCGAGUCGUUGAUUUUGGAAGGCUCAGGAGCUUUUUAGCUUUUCUAUUUGAAAGAGUAGUAGUUCCCCAAAAUCUGUUCUGCAGUUUGAAGUGCGCGAGGACUCUGGUUUUAUGUAAUUGUGAGCUAGUUGAAAUCCCAGCCGAAAUCGGAAGAUUGAUUCAUCUUCGGCACUUGGACUUAAGUAUGAAUCCUUUCGUGACACUGCCAGAAGCUAUAUGUGAUCUAUAUUAUUUGGAAACUUUGGAUAUCAAUCAUUGUAAAAAGCUUUCGUGCCUUCCUCAAAGGAUUAAAGGCCUUGUGCACCUGAGGCACCUUUUCAACCAUGUGGCCGAUGAAUUACGUCAAAUUCCACAAGGACUCUGGAAGCUGACGUCACUUUGUAGUUUGACUCGGUUCAUUGUCAGGAGCAACUCUGAUGAUUUGGCAAUUUUAAAGGAUCUGAACCAACUGGAAAGAUUGCACAUUGUAAUUGAAGGAGAAGUAGAUUUUGGGAGUGCGGAGCUCGGAAAGAAAAUCAACAUACGUAAAAUGUCUUUGUUCUUUAGCUUCGAGGCCCACUUUAUAGAAACUCCAAGUUGCAUUGAAAGCGUGGAACCACCUCCACACUUGGAACGACUUGCACUAAUUGGCUAUCCAGGAACUCAGUUACCAAGUUGGCUUGUGACGAAAUCUCACGCCAAUAACUUGACGAAGCUAAUUAUCGACAGGCCCCGCAAUAUCUCAUCCUUGCUUGCCUUGUGGAAGCUAUCAUCCCUAGAAAAGCUUAUCCUCUACAGAGUGGAAGAGCUGGAAUAUUUGGGUAAGGAAUUCUUCGGAGUUACAAAAGCACUGCAUGAGAAUAGUCGUGAUGCUCUUGACACGUUGUCAAACUCCGAGUCAUCAUUCUCAUCUGAAGCAGUGGCAUUUCCGAAUUUGAGAAAAUUACAUUUUCGUCACGUCCUAAAUUGGACAAAUUGGGAAGACUUAAGUGAAGAUGAUGAAAAAGUUGCUGUAUCUAUCAUGCCAUGCCUGGAGGAGCUAAAAAUUUGGAACAGUGAAAAGCUUAAAAUGCUGCCACAUCGCAUCCUCAGAAAGAUACCAUCUCUCAAAAUUUUGGAUAUUCGACGUUGCUCCAAGUUGAGGGAUCGUUAUUCUGACAAAACAGGAGAUGACUGGAUAAAGAUAUCAUACAUUCCUCGAGUUCACAUAUCUGAUAAAUGUUAAUAUGCUCAGAUAAUGCUCAUUGAUGGCUCAAAAUGAAGCUACAGCAGAAGGCAUUGGGGAUCAACCUCUACGUCAACGUUUCACUUGAGUUCAUGUAAAAUUUCAAAUAAUUGUAAAUAUGGUUGAAGAGGCACACCCACUUGCCUUGUUCAAAAUCAUUUGUUGAAAGCAUCUGUAACCUUACCAAAUUUCCAGAUUGAAUUUCAAGUGGUUACACAACUAGUCUUUACUUCGUCAAAUUAUUAUUGUCCUAUUGUAUGUAAGUUUGUAUAGAUUUAAUAAAGAAGAAUGCUUGUACAUUGUGCUUAUCUAUAUAGUGUAUUAUUGACAAUC